ACAGGGGUAAGAUUGCGUACAUCCGACCUCCCCUUACCCCACCAUAAGUGGGAGACUUUGCGGCACUGGAAUAAAUGAAAAUGAUUAUAAUGAUAAAAACAUACUUCGUAUUAUCAUCAUGUAACAAAUUACAACAUACUCAUACAUAAAAGACAUAAUAGAUCAAUUUAACUACAUCGUUAAAUGCAAUGAGUGCGUAAAUGCAUUUUAUAAACUAAACCAAACUACACAUAACACAAAAAUUAAUUAUAUAACAUAAGAGAGCGAAAGAUCAUUGAUGAUAAUAGGAUAAAUGUUCAACAAUUAACAAAUAAAAUUUCAUAUUUUAAUUAGUUCGAUUUAUUUGGUUUGGUUCUGUUUUGAAAAGUAAAAAUCGAAUCUGAACCAAGUAAUUGCGAUUCGAUUUAUUUUUUUACAUUCGAUUUUAUUUUUUUUUGUAGUGAUUCUAUUUUAUUUGGAUAUUAUGGUUUUGGGCUUUUGAAUUUUUGGAUGCAUCCAUACCUCAGUUAAGCUAUCCUGCCAUUUUAUUUUAGUACGGAGUAUUUAUUUUUGUGUUCAAGGAAAAAAUUUGUGUCACAUGACACCUGGCGCUUUGGCAAAUAACUGAAGUCGGUCGCGAAAACAGCCACGUCGCUCAUCUUGCCGUUGGUGUCGGAAAAGGUGAACAUCACCGGCCAGAGUUUUGCGUCGUUCGUCUAUAACUCCGACGGCUAGUUUAGUCACAGCCACUGGCAUGAAUUACGAGCGGCGGCUUAUAGCGGCGGCGAAGUACACCUACGCCGAUGACUCAAGUGCUGCAGACGCGUCGCAGCUUAGCUCCGCCGACUUAGGAGUAGAAGCGACGCUUAAGCCUCACCAAGUUGAAGGAGUCUCAUGGCUUAUCCGGAGAUAUCGUCUCGGCGUCAAUGUCAUUCUCGGGGAUGAGGUAUGGCUUCCAAUGUCCGUGGGUUUGUUUCCCUAAACUCAUGCCUUUUUAUAGUGUCAUCGCUUGAAAUUUCAGAAUAAGCUGAACUGGAUUUCUUUAGUGUACAUUUAUUAUGUGUAGUCUCAAUAAAUUGGAAAACUUUGCUCCAUUUGGUUUUGGGUGUGAAAUGUUCAUUGGAAGAUGGGAUUGGGGAAAACGCUGCAAGCAAUCUCUCUUUUGAGCUACUUGAAGGUUUCACAAAAAUCUCCUGGUCCUUUUUUGGUAUUGUGCCCACUUAGUGUGACUGACUCUUGGAAGUCUGAAUUUGCAAACUUUGCUCCAAAGCUAAAUGUUAUCUGUUAUAAUGGGGAGAAAGAGCAUCGGCGCAACCUGCGUAGGAAAAUGCACGAGCAUGUUACCAAGGAAUCACAGGUAUCCAAGGCUCCAUCACUGCCUUUUGAUGUUCUAUUAACAACUUAUGACAUAGCAUUGGUUGAUCAAGAGUUUCUUUCCCAAGUUCCAUGGCAUUAUGCAAUAAUUGAUGAAGCACAAAGACUGAAGAAUACACACAGUGUCUUGUACAGAGUCCUGAAAGAACGGUUUCUCAUGCCAAGGAAAUUACUGAUGACUGGCACACCUAUACAAAACAACCUUUCUGAACUUUGGGCGUUGAUGCACUUUUGUAUGCCUUCAAUUUUUGGGACAUCAGAGCAGUUCCUCUCUGCAUUCAAGGAAGCAGGAGAUUCUUCAUGCCUUGAUGCAGGAAGAGCCAAUAGGCAACUCAAAAUAUUGAAAUAUAUACUAGGGGCUUUUAUGCUUAGAAGAACUAAAACUCAACUCAUUGAAUCUGGAACUCUUGUACUACCUUCUCUAACUGAGAUAACAGUGAUGGCACCUUUAGUUGAACUGCAGAAGGCGGUGUAUAUGUCAAUAUUGAGGAAGGAACUACCCCAGUUGCUAGCUCUUUCUUCUGGAGGCUCAACUCGGUCAUUGCAGAAUAUUGUAAUACAGCUAAGAAAAGCAUGUAGUCACCCUUACCUUUUUCCUGGCAUUGAGCCUGAACCAUAUGAAGAGGGUGAGCACCUGGUGCUGGGUAGUGGCAAACUUCUUAUUCUGGAUUGUCUACUUCAGAAAUUGCAUGUUUCUGGACAUCGUGUUCUUCUUUUUGCCCAGAUGACCCAAACGCUUGAUAUAUUGCAAGAUUACCUGGAGCUGAGAAAAUAUUCCUAUGUGCGUCUAGAUGGUUCUAUUCGGGCAGAGGAACGAUUUGCUGCAAUAAGAAGUUUUGGCCAGAGACUAUCCAAAGGAAGUUCAGAUUCAGAAGCUGAUCAGCAUGAAUCUUUUGUCUUUAUGAUUUCAACAAGAGCUGGAGGGGUUGGAUUGAAUCUCGUGGCUGCUGAUACAGUGAGUUAUAUUUUAUGAGCAGGAUUGGAAUCCCCAGGUGGACAAGCAAGCUAUGCAGCGUGCUCACCGGAUUGGUCAAAUGAAUGAUGUUUUAUCUAUUCACUUAGUUACCAAGAGUACAGUGGAGGAGGUCAUCAUGCGAAGAGCAAAUAAAAAAUUGCAGCUGAGCCAUAGUAUCAUAGGCAAGGAUAUUACAGAUGGGGAUAUGAAAGAGAAUGGGAAAGGAAUUCCAGGCGCAGAUUAUGGUGAUUUACGAUCUAUCGUACUUGGCUUACACAUGCUAGAUCCCAUGGAAAUUAGCAAAGAAAACUCUGAUAAAGUGGAUAUGAGUGAGUUAAAUGCAAUGGCUGAAAAAGUAGUUCUGUUACGCAAGGAGCGACGUUUGGAUAAGUUUCAGAUGAAUUAUGCGGACAUACGUAACGGGAGUUGUUCUAUCACUGAGGGAGUAGAUUCUGUUCAUCUGGAUCCUGCUGUAGACGAAAUUUCAUACCAAUCUUGGAUUGAAAAGUUCAAGGAAGUAUUGCAGGAAAAUAAUGCCACAACUAUGGAAACGGGAAGUAGUAGAAGGUUACUGGAGGAGAAUCAUUUAAAAGCUGAAGCUGCAAGGAAAAGGGCAGAGGAGAAAAAAAUUACCAAAUGGGAAGCUCUAGGUUAUAAUUCAUUGUCUGUGAAAGAUCCAAUUUGCCCUGAUGAUAAGGAUGCUAUAUCGGAUUCUGGUUCUGUCCAUUUUGUUUAUGGGGAUUGCACACUUCCCUUGAACGUGUGUCCAUCAGAGCCAACAGUUAUUUUCAGCUGCGUUGAUAACUCAGGAAACUGGGGACAUGGAGGAAUGUUUAAUGCACUAGCCAAACUUUCACCAAGUAUCUCUAAGGCAUAUGAGCGAGCUUCUGAAUUUGGUGAUCUUCACUUAGGUGAUCUUCAUCUCAUAGAAAUUACAGAGGAUUGCAGUAGUAACAGUAUGUUACCUCAUACUCCCCAAUGGGUUGCUUUGGCUGUUGCGCAAUCAUACAAUCCGAGGAGAAAAGUCCGGAGGAGUAACAUAUCCAUCCCCGACCUAGAAGAGUGCCUACUGAAAGCAUCCUAUGUUGCUGCUCAGAAGUCUGCAUCAAUCCACAUGCCACGAAUUGGCUAUCAAGGUGGGAUUGACAGGUCAGAAUGGUACACCAUUGAGCGUCUCCUGCGGAAAUAUGCAGCCAUUUUUGGCAUUAAGUUUUAUGUGUAUUACUUUGGGCGUUCUGCACAAGCAUAGACUACAAACCACGCCUCUUUACAUCUCUUAUAUACAUCUUUUAUGAAUUGAGUGUUGCUAUUAUUUAUGACGUGUGGGCUUAUGCACUGUUCGUGACCUACUAACACAGUAUCUCUUUUUAAGGUAUCCAACUUGGUUAGAUAGUUUUUUUUGUUCCAAAAUUAUGAUCUAAUACUUUGAAUUUCACCAACUUCAUAUUUUCUCACUUUAACGUUUUAUUUUACGUUCAAUAAUACUUUGAAUUU